AUGGCCGAUGUCCGAUCGCUCCUCCGCAGCGAGCUAGCUUCCCGCAAGGGCACCUCCCAACCGAACACGACAGGGAAUCGGGUUACCAAGAAGCGCAAGGUUGACAGUGGAGAUGGAGUAAUGCGAAAAAAGCUCCGCGCCGCUGAACUCGAUGCACAGUCUACCUCCGGCGGCACGCCCACCGAACAAACCACCGAGGCAGAGCAGGUUGACAGUGAUGUCGCCGGCCCAGAAGCUUCAGUUGACAGCGAACAAGACAUUGUUGAAUCAGCUGCGGAGCCUGCAGAAGAGCCAACUACGGCGCCACCUCCAGAUACAUCCAUGACUACUGAUGAGGACGCAUGGGAAGCAUUCCAACGCGAUGUUGUCGCGCCAGCUCUUGUACCGCAUACGCCGGCUGCUGUUGCAGCCGAGGCUACGAUAUCAGCGGCUCCAGUGACAGCCCAAGAGCUUGCUGCGCAAGAAGAGCGAGCGAAGGCGUCAACAACUCGCUCUCGUGAAGCUGAGCUGGAAGGGGAGCGAGAGGAUGCCGCGCGUCAUUUGGAGGAAGAGUUUGAUGAGAUGGAUCAGUUGGAAGAGCGGGUGCGAAGACUCAAACAGAAACGCGAGGAGCUGCGGAAAGCACGCGCCGAGGAUCGACCACAAGAUGAAUCGAUGGGCCCGGACACUGUGGAGCAGGACGCUGCUGAGAGCGAGAGUGAAGAUGGUGACGACGACGAUUGGGACGAUUGGAGGUUUAAAUGA